CCCUCUACACUUGGCAGGAUGGCGGGGAACCUCAGCGCAGUCUGGCUGCUGUUGGCCUACGUGACGUCGGGCGGAGGACUAGCGGCACCCGUCUGUACCCACGCCCCAGCCGGGUGUGGCGUCCUGUCCCUGGCCAACCUGUUUGACCGAGUCAUCCAGCACUCGGCCAGGAUGCACGGCAUCUCCAAUGACCUGCACUCCGAGCUGCAGGAGCAGUACUUCCUCCCCAGUAAGAAUCACAUCGGCAGGGUCAGCCGCAACUGUCACACCUCCACCCUCCUGACCCCCGACGGCAAGGAGAACGCUCAAAGGAUGGCACGGGAGGAGCUCACCGAGGUGAUCCUCAAGCUCCUGGUGGCGUGGAGGGACCCCCUGUGGCACUUCCACCAGAUCACCGCCCGCCAGCACGACCUCGCCAACUUCAGCUCGGACAAAGCCCUGGAGAUGAGCGCCAUGGUGCACGAGCUGCGCAAAGGCGUGGAGAAAGUGGCCGAGAAGAUGCAGGUGCUGGGAAUGAUAAGCAACUCAGUCAGCAGCCUGGCGUCUCUGGAGGACAUAUUGGCCUCUGAAAGCGGCGAGUGGCGCCUGAUGAAAGACUACGAGCUCCUCUACUGCUUUCGCCGAGACUCCGACAAGAUCCAGAACUACCUGAAGAUCCUCAAAUGUCGCAUCGUUCCCCAACACGGCUGCUGAAUGGGGGGGAAAAAAUAGAACUUUCAAUCGCACAGUUUAACUUCAGGGAACACGUUGUCAUGGAGACGGAGCAGUUUUUCGAAUAUGUUUACCGUUACCAAGGAAGCAAUAGUGACAAGCUCCAUACCUAAUAAGCACAGAUAACUGUUUGUAUCCGUUUUCAGUGUGAAUCAUUCCAAAAUAGUGCAAUAUAAAAUCUUGGAAGAAACAUCGGAGCCAUGUUUUUGUCAUUCUUCAAGAAAGGACAAUCACUAUGUAUCCCACAGGGCAUAUUCCAAUUAAGUGGCAUAAAACAUGGUAAGAUAGCUCAUUCAUGGUAAACCUGACAGCUCAAAACAGACGUAGGGCGACACUCACUGGUCACAAUAUUAGGUACGUCAACACUUCACACACUUGCAGCAUUUUG